AUGUUUAGAAAAUGGUCUGAAGAUUCCUUAAAAGAUGCCUAUGCCUCUUCAGGUGCCUCAGGAUACACUGUCAAGUUAGGAGAAAAUACCCUUUCCCAGACAGGGUGCCAUCACAUAUGUAAGAAGGAAAUUGAGGAGAAAAAGUGCUGUCCGGGAUUCUGGGGUACCGAGUGCUAUGAGUGUGCAGGUGGCUCUCAAAAUCCCUGCAAUGGCCAUGGGACAUGCUUGGAUGGUAUGCAGCAAAAUGGGACCUGCAUCUGUAAGGAGCAAUACAGUGGGUUUGCCUGCCAGAAUUGUCAAGAUGAAAAUCGUUUUGGCCCAGACUGUCUGUCAGUGUGUGACUGCGUGCACGGGGAAUGCAGCAGCGGCAUCACUGGAAAUGGAAGCUGCACGUGCUAUGGAGGCUACACUGGCCCCAGAUGUGACCAAGAGCUUCCCCUUUGCAAAGGCGUGACAUGUGAGGCCAACAGCGAAUGUGUGGUAAGGGAUGGGGCAGCGAUGUGUGACUGCAAGCUGGGCUACAGAAAAAGUGGAAGCACUUGCCAAGCUCAAGAUCCUUGUGCUGCUUCUCCAUGCUCCCCUUUCGCUGUAUGUAAGGUUCUUGGACCACGAAAGUAUGAGUGUACCUGCAAAGAAGGAUUUCAGGGAGAUGGGAAGAUUUGCCAGCCCAUAAACCCUUGUGUUGACAACAAUGGAGGCUGCCCAGAGAACUCUACAAUUUGUGUUUACAGACGUCCAGGAGAGGCAACUUGUGUUUGCAGGCCUGGGAUGAGUAGGAGAAGUCCUUCAUCUGAGUGUGUUGUGUUUCCCAACGAUUGCCGGCAGUAUCUUUGCGACAUGACUUCCACAUGUGUAAUUAAUUCCCAGGGGAAUCCUAGCUGUGUGUGUAAAGAAGGGGAGAUUGGAGAUGGGAGAAGUUGCUAUAAAGAUCUCUUGGGUGAAAUAAAUCAGCAUAAUUCACGAGGAAGGUUUGCUAGGAAAUUAGGCGUCACCAGGAAAAUGUUUGCUUCUGGUUGCUCACUGUUGCUGACUAAAUAUGGACCUUUCACAGUCUUUGUACCAUCCCUUCUUCCCAUUCAUGAUAGAAUUGAAUUUAAUGAUACCACUGCUGAGCGUUUGUGCAGGAUGCAUGUUAUUCCUGGUCUGCAUUUGAUGGAAGACAUGGUAAAAAUCAAGACACUGUGGACCUUGUCAGGACAUCAGCUAACAUUCAGUAGCCAGUCGUUUCGAUAUCAAGACCUGCCGGGGGAACUGUACAAUGUUUUGCGAUCGAACCUGCCAGCAGCCAAUGGCAUCAUGCAUAUUGUGAACACCCUAAGGGAAAAACCCAGCACUGACAACCUCAGAAACCCACAGAAAACCAUUGGUGAGAUCCUUGCUUCAAUGGAGAUCUUCAGUAGAUUUGAAACUAUACUGGAGAACUGUGGCCUGCCUGCAAUAUUGGAUGGACCAGGCCCCUUUACUGUAUUUGUACCCAGCAAUGAAGGUGUGGAUAAGUUGAGAGAUGGAAGGCUCAUUUAUCUUUUCACAGAGGGCAUAAAUAAGCUCCAGGAACUUGUGAAACAUCAUAUCUACACUUCAGCAGCGGUGACUGUAGAGAAACUGAUGAUGAUGCCACACAUUGUUACUAUGGCUAACCAGAUACUUACCAUCAACAUCAGUGCAGAUGGAAGAAUUCUGAUGGAUGAAUCAGGGAUCCCCAUAAACAUGCGAAACAUUGUGGCAUCAAAUGGUAUUAUUCAUACUUUGGAUGGCAUCUUUAUCCCACCUUCAAUAAUUCCCAUUUUGCCUCACAGAUGUAAUGAAGAGCAACAUAAAGUGGUGAUGGGCUCUUGUGUGGAUUGUGAGGCCCUCAACAAUAGCAUUUGCCCACCUGGCAGCAGAGAAAUGGAACCAAUGCUUUCCCCAAAAGAAUGUGUCUACAUCCAUGAUCCACAAGGCCUGAAUGUCAUGAAGAAGGGGUGCGCCAGGUACUGCAAUCAGACCAUUACGAAACCUGGAUGCUGCAAAGGAUUCUUUGGUCCAGACUGCAUGCCAUGCCCAGGGGGAUUUUCCAGUCCAUGCUAUGGCCGGGGAAGUUGCAAUGAUGGCAUGCAAGGGAAUGGCAGCUGUCAGUGCUUUGAAAGUUUCAAAGGAAUAGCCUGCCACAUCUGUUCAAACCCAAACAAACAUGGCGAGAACUGUGACGAAGAUUGUGGCUGUGUCCAUGGCGUCUGUGACAACAGGCCUGGCAGUGGUGGUGUGUGUCAGUCCUGGUCCUGUAAAGAAGGCUACACUGGGAAAUUUUGUGACAAGACAUCCAAGAACUGUGGCCCAAGCGGUCUGUCCCAGUACUGCCACCAGAAUGCUGUCUGCAGCCUCAAUGACACAGCAAGGUGCAUCUGCAUGGAUGGAUAUGAAGGUGAUGGGUUUUCCUGCCAGCCUAUUGACUUGUGCAGUCAGCCAGAAAAAGGAGGCUGUUCACAGAAUGCCCUGUGCACCAGUACAGGCCCCGGCACUGCCACCUGCCAGUGCAACACGGGCUGGACUGGGGAUGGGAAGGCCUGUGUGGCUAUAGACGACUGCAUGCUGGAGAGCAGAGGCAACUGCCACGUCAAUGCUGACUGCGUUUAUAUCGGCCCUGGCCAGAGUAAGUGUGUCUGCAAGAGAGGUUAUGCUGGCGAUGGCCACAACUGUGAUGCAAUCAACCCAUGCCUUAUGGACAAUGGUGGCUGCCAUGACUUGGCUAUGUGUGUACCCCUUGGUGGAGGAGAGAGAUCCUGCACUUGCCCUGAAGGCUACACUGGGGAUGGCAUGACAUGCUAUGGAGACAUUCUAAAAGAGCUGGCCAGGAAUUCCCACUUCGCAGGCUUUUAUGACUGGGUUAAGAAAUCUCUCUUCAGCAUCCCAGCAGGAACCAAUGUCACUGUCCUGGUGCCAUCAGAGGCAGCUAUCAAAAACUUGAGCAAGACUGAGCAAGAAUUCUGGUUGACCCCCUCCAUGCUGCCAUUUUUAGUCAGCUCCCACUUUCUUGAAGGUGUCUUCACUGAUGAAAAGCUCAAAAAGUACGACAGGCUGGAAUUACCCACCCUCAACCCACAGACCAGAUGGCAGAUAAACACCAGGAGCAGCGUAUUAACCAUUGAGAAUGCAAGUAUAGUCGUCAGUGACAUCCCUGCCAGCAACGGCAUUAUUCAUGUCCUCAGUAAGGUUUUGUUGCCACCUUCAGGAGAUAUCCCACCAAGUCCUCCAGGUCUGCAGAAGCAGCUCGAGACAGUUGCCUCAUUCAGCACAUUCAAGGAGUUGCUACAGCAAUACCAGCUCAUUGAAAAAAUCGAAUCCUCUGAAAAAUACACAGUUUUUGUUCCUGGAAAUAAUUCCAUUGAGGAGUACUGCCGUGCUGCCAAUGUGACACAGUUGGAUAACGAGACAGUGCAGUACCACAUUGUACUGGGAGAGAAGCUCUUGGCCAUGGAUUUGAGAAGUGGAAUUCAUAAGAACAGCAUGUUAGGGCUCUCCUACUGGCUAAUGUUUUAUCAAAACAGCACCCAGAAGUUCGUCAAUAAUAUUCCUUUGGAUGGAAAAUUUAUUGAGACAAAGAAUGGCAUGCUGAUCGGGGUUUCACAGGUCCUCCAGAUACAGAAGAAUCGUUGCACUGUCAAUACCACCACCAUACAAAAGGAAUUACCAGGAAGCAAGAACCUUGCUCGAUGUGAAUUACGCUCUGGGGAUGCAGGAAUACUUGGCUGCCAUUUCACCUGUGCCAAAGUUUCUCUGAGGUCCGUCUGCUGCCCUGGCUACUACGGACACAUGUGUGAGAUGUGCCCAGGGAAGCCAGGCCAGUGGUGCUCUGGGAAUGGAGAAUGCCAGGAUGGCAUCGAGGGCAGCGGAGAGUGCCGAUGCCUGGAGGGCUUCCACGGCACUGCCUGUGAAAUGUGUGAAGUGGGCCGAUACGGAGCUGACUGCAAAUCAGAAUGUGCCUGUGACAACGGCAUAUGUAACGAUGGACUGCAAGGGGAUGGGAGCUGCGAGUGUUUCCCAGGGUGGAAGGGCCCUACCUGCCAAGAAAGAAUCAAAAUUGACUUAUGCAAUAACACUUGCCAUGAAAUGGCCAACUGCCUCAAUAGUUCUACAGAUUCCUCACCUAUGUGUUUCUGCACUGCUGGAUAUACAGGGAAUGGGACCCAUUGCACAGAAAUAGAUCCAUGCACUAUCAAUCAUGGUGGCUGCUCCAUACAUGCUGUGUGUACUAAAGUGUCUCCAGGAGAGAGGACCUGUGUUUGUAAGGAAGGCUAUGCUGGAGAUGGGACGCUCUGCAUGGAAAUCGAUCUCUGUCUCGAAAGCAACGGGGGCUGCCACACCAACGCAGAAUGCAUUAAAACAGGCCCAAGGAAGGUUGCCUGCAACUGUCUUCCUGGUUACAGUGGGAAUGGUGUGAGCCAGUGCAACCCCAUCAACUUGUGUGAGCAGAACAAUGGAGGCUGCAGUCCGUUUGGGGUCUGUAAGAACACGGGCCCUGGCACUCGAAACUGCUCCUGCUCUUGGCUCACUAUCGGAGAUGGCUUCACCUGCCGUGGCAAAUUGUAUCGGGAGCUUGGAAGCAUUGAAGAUGCAUCCGUGUUCUUUAAGAUGAUACUGGCAGAAAACAUCAAGGAGCUCAGUGGGGCAGGGCCUUUCACAGUCUUCGUCCCACGGACAGAUUUCAUAGGAAACAGCACAACAUUUGAGGAGUGGAGGAGCAGAGGUCUUCUCCGGGACCUGCUUCGCUACCACAUGGUGGGUUGCCGGAAAUUGCUGUCCAGUGACCUGGAAGCCCAGGAGUCUCUUACAUCUUUAUCUGGCCACAAAAUGAAGAUCACAGUGAAAGAGAAUAGCAUCUAUCUCAAUGAGGAAGCCAAAGUAGUUGUGAGUGACAUCGUUGGCAUGAAUGGGGUCAUUCAUUUCAUCAACAAGAUCCUCAUUCCAAGUGACCUGGUGGACCGUAACAUUUCCUCAAAGACCUCACGGCAAAACAUCACGGAAGUGGCAGAGGCCUUUGGGUACACCAUUUACAGCAAGCUGCUGCAGGAAGCGGAGCUGCUGCCACUCAUUAGUGACCCCCUGCACAGACCCUUCACCAUGCUGUGGCCCACAAAUGCUGCAUUUAAUGCCCUCUCAGAGAAAAGGCAGAAGUGGCUGUACCGCAGAGAGCAUCGGGACGUGUUGGCAUCCUACCUCAAAGCACACAUGGUCAGGGACACAAAGAUUGUUGCUGGUAACGUGCCCCAGAUUGAAUCCAUACGGACCAUGCAUGGCUCCACCAUCUCAUUCAGCUGCAGCAAAAUCCAUGUGGGAGAGCUUCUGGUGGGGAACGGUGAUGCCACUAUCAUCCAGAGGCACAUGGAAUUCAAUGCAGGCAUUGCUUAUGGCAUUGAUAGGCUGUUGGAACCACCAGAUCUGGGAUCUCGGUGUGAUGAGUUCAUCUCUGUUGAGCUGCAGGGAUCUAUGGAGAGCUGUGGACUCUGUGGCUUCGAGCCACCCUGCCCUGCUGGCUCCAUUCAACGGGGGGAAACGAGGCGCUGCUUGUAUAACGGCAACCAGCUGUUGAGAAACACCUUUCUGUUUCAUCACAACUCCCUGUUGCGGCCGUCCUGGCCACCCUCCCCGUGGGAACCCUUCAGAAGACACUUCUCUUCCAGGGGGCUUCUGAAACACGGCUGCAAGAGGAGCUGCAUUUCCACCCAGUGGGUCCCUCAGUGCUGUGCAAACCACUAUGGCCGUGAAUGUCGGGCAUGCCCAGGAGGGCUGGAGGCACCGUGCAGUAACCGUGGCACCUGCCAUGACAAAAUCGGUGGCUCGGGGCGAUGCAACUGCAGCCAGGCCUUCAUCGGGACCAGCUGCGAGCUCUGUGCUCCGGGCAGAUAUGGACCAGACUGCCGAGAGUGUAACUGCACUGAGAACGGCGUGUGCAAUGGAGGACUGCAUGGUGAUGGCUUCUGCUUCUGUGCCGAGGGCUGGACUGGAGACCACUGUGAAACCAGGCUAGUCAUGACGCCCUCCUGCUCCCCGCCAUGCCACCCCCAGGCCGUCUGCCGUGACAACAACCUCUGUGAAUGCAACCUGCACUAUGAGGGUGAUGGGAGGAUGUGCUCAGUGAUCGACAUGUGCAGCCAGGACAAUGGGGGGUGUGCCAGGCACGCACAGUGCACGCAGGUUGGUGUGAACGUCUCCUGUGCCUGUGCUCCUGGGUACGGAGGCGACGGCUUCGUCUGCGACCCCCUAGACCGGUGCGCGGACGGCAGGAACGGGGACUGCAGCCAGCACGCCAACUGCAUCAGCACCGGCCCGAACGAGCGGCGCUGCGAGUGCAAGCAGGGCUACGUUGGUGACGGGAUCCAGUGCCUGGAGGAGGCCAUGCCCCCCACGGACCGGUGCCUGGAAGACAAUGGGCAGUGCCAUCGGGAGGCCAUUUGCACUGACCUGCACUUCCAUGAUAAGACCAUGGGUGUGUUUCAUCUGCAGUCACCCCGGAAAAAGUAUGACUUCACGUACGAGCAGGCUCGGGAGGCCUGUGCUGCGGAAGGUGCUUCCCUGGCCACUUUCCGGCAGCUCUCGGCAGCCCAGCAGAUGGGAUUCCAUCUGUGCUUGGUGGGCUGGUUGGACAACGGCACAGCUGGGUACCCCACGGCCUACCCCAACCCCAGCUGUGGGGCUAACCGCGUGGGCAUCGUGGACUAUGGCUCCCGGAGCAACCUGAGUGAGACCUGGGAUGCGUUCUGCUACCGGGAGAAGGAUCUGACUUGCACCUGCCGUGAUGGGUUUGUGGGUGAUGGGUACUGGUGCAGCGGAAAACUCCCUGACGUGCUCGCGGACAACACUCGCUUCUCCACCUUCUAUUCCAUGUUGCUCGAUUUUGCCAAUGACACAGAAGAAGGACUGGAUUUUUUCAUCUAUUUGUCUGAUGACUCUGCUCCCAAAACUCUCUUUGUCCCCCUGAAUUCUGGCUUUGCAGACAACAAAACACUGACAGGGGAAGAACUGAAGCUCCAUGUGUCCUCCAGCAAUGUCGUCCUCUUCAGCUUCAACCUCACGACGGGCACCAUCAUCCCGUCCCAGUCAGGAUAUGACCUCCAAGUAUCAGACCUCCCAGUGGGCAACG